ACAUCAGCUUCCGGUCUCGUGUCACGUGUGCGAGCAGCACUUCCUCCUGACUCGCGCUUGUGUGUUUACAUGCAGCCUGCAGAAUGGAGAGAGCUGCAUGAAGGUUUACAGAUUAACACUGACUGUGAUCCACACUGUGCUCUGUUCUCUGACCAGCAGUAGUCAUGCAGGACCCAGGCUUUGAACCCAUCCACCCGCUGCAGAUAGAAGAGCAGGAAACGGGUUAUGACCCUCUGUACAACUAUAACCAAAACAUCCCCCGAGACGUUGCAAACAGUGCUGCUGAGUCAACCUUCCAGUCCUACAGAAAAGAGUGGGAUGACUUGUUCCAGAACAGCAACUAUCUGGCCCGGAUCAGACAGUCAGGUAUUACUGGCCGGUUAAGGAGCAGCAGGUUUCGCAGUAUAUGCUGGAAGCUUUACUUAGAUAUACUGCCUGAGGAUAAGAGCCAGUGGAUCAAAAAGACCAAGGAGCAUCGAGAUGAAUAUGAGCGGAUCAAAGAGAGGCACAUCACAAACCCACGCAAAGCUGCAGGUCAGCAGGACCUGGUGGUGAACAACCCGCUGUCUCAGGAUGAGGGGAGUUUGUGGAACAAAUUCUUCCAGGAUAAAGAGUUGCGGGGAAUGAUCAAGCAAGAUGUGCUUAGAACGUUUCCAGAAAUGCGUUUUUUCCAAGAGGAGGGUGUUCGGACCAAACUGACGGAUAUUCUCUUCUGCUAUGCACGAGAAAAUGAGCAGUUACUCUAUAAACAGGGUAUGCACGAGUUGUUGGCUCCGUUAGUGUUUGUGCUACACUCUGAUCAUCAGACGUUUCAGCAUGCGAGUGAGGCUGGCACACCCAGUGAGGAGAUGAAAGUGUUGCUGGAUCCGAAGUUUCAUGAGCAUGACGCAUACGCAAUGUUCUCACAGCUCAUGGAGACAGCGGAACCCUGGUUCUCCAGUUUUGAGCGGGAGGUGCGCAAGGGAAAGGAAGAGAUGCUGACCAGUAUUCCCUUCGCCCGACCCCAGGACAGCGGCCCGUCUGUGGCCGUCGUGACCAAAGUAAACCGAAUUCAAGACCAGCUGGUAAAAAAGCAUGAUAUUGAACUGUACAUGCACCUGAACCGCCUGGAGAUCGCGCCUCAGAUAUACGGCAUUCGCUGGGUCCGCCUGUUAUUUGGCAGGGAGUUCUCUCUGCAGGACCUGCUGGUGGUGUGGGACUCACUGUUAGCAGACAGCAUCACACUGGAUCUGGUGGAUUAUGUGUUUGUAGCCAUGCUGCUUUACAUCAGAGACGCAUUGAUUGCCAGCAGCUUCCAGACAUGUCUCGGCCUCCUUAUGCACUACCCACCUGUUGGAGACAUUCAUGCUCUACUGCACAAAGCGCUGUUCCUGAGAGACCCAAAGAAUAACCCAAGGCCCGUCAACUAUCAGUUCCAACAGAACCUUGACUACUAUAAAAACCACGGCACUGAUUUGGUGGACAGAUCACGGUCUGGCAGCACCAAAGUGGCUCCCCUCAACAUCAAUAAGGUCUCCAGCUCUCUGCUUAGCUUUGGCAGGAAGCUUAUUGCCCCCAUGGGUGGUGGCACCAGUGGUGUCUCAGCAGUCUACAGUGAAGUGUUGUCUUCUCCAUCUCCACAACUUCAGCCAGCUCGGGCUUUAGCUGAGCAAACACCCAACGUCGUGUCGUCUCGCACACAAAUGAAUGUGGCGCAACAGCGCCUGCUGAAAUCCGAGAGCAUGCCUGUGCAUCUUAGUAAAGAUGUAGGAUCUCCUGGAGUAUCUCAGAUCUCUCUUCCCAACCAGAUACUAUCUGACCUGCCAGGUCAAACAUCCAGGACUGUGAGCUCCUCACCAAGUGUUGAGAGUCUGUCAGGCGGGAGGGACCAGGCCAUGUUGUCCCCUCCACUUCCUGCCUCCAAGGGGCGGGAGUCAAGCACAUCAUCACCACCUCUCUCAGCCACGAAGAAAGAUUUGUUUUUCAACAUCAGUCGUUCACGUUCUCACAGCAAAUCCAUAGGCAAAAAGGACCUGGAAGAGUUGGAGGCCCAAGUGUCUUUACUUCAGGGCCAGAUCAAUGAUCUGGAGGCCAUGAGCAAAUACUGUGCCAAGAUGAUGAAUGUGCACAUCGGCAAGAUUCAGGACGUGAUCCUGCAGGAGCAUCUGCAAAAGGAGGAUGAGGUGCUGGUAUCACUUGCUGGACUUAAGCAGAUUAAGGACAUCUUAAAGGGAGCACUGCGCUUUAAUCAAAGUCAGCUGGAGGCUGAGGAGAACGAGGAGAUUACAAUAGCAGAUGAUCACUACUGCUCUACAGGCCAGGACAUGGUUCAAGAGGAUGGAUCCUCAACUACAGCCAAUACAGAUACUGAAAUGGUUCAGCCAAGCCCUCAACUGCACUUCAGACAUCUCUCUGUGCAAGAGAAAGAAAUGACAACACGGGAAAAGACAACAAUGCCAAGUGAGGGGGCACAUACCACAGAACCACAGACUGCCAAGAGGAGGAACUGGGAUGACUACAUCAUGAUCUCACAGGAUGGAGAUCUUCAUCCGGCGGAAGGCGAGAUUGCUCCACCCUUCAAGCAGCAGCAGGGUUUUGGCAGGGCAGACUUUCAGGACCCUCUCAUGGGAACCACCUCUGGAUCAUCCAGCCCAGAAGAGGGCAGCACUAACAGCAAGGAUUCUGAUUUUACCAUUGUCAACCCUGCUGACUUUUAACCAUAAAAUUAAUUAGUUUGUCUAACAUUGAUCCUUUGAAUCCCUCAAAAAGGAUAAGAAGUAUUCUGAUGGACUAUUUCACUUGUGAACUUGGGCUUAUGGAAUCCUUACUCCUUUUAAACCCAGACCACAUUUCAUCUCCUAUUGGUCAGAACCUGGGCCUGUAUUCUAAAGAUCUGUCUGUACACCUGUAACCUGUGACCUUUAGUUUGCACAUUAGCUACCUACAGUAGUUACUGUAAUUGACCCUAAAGCAUACGUAAACACGGUUUAUUUGACGAAUACAUAUACCACUGCAUAAAAGUGCAUCUAACCCACUCACAGACUCCUCCACAUAGCCUCCUGUGUAACCCCCAGGCUUUAUCAGUACUCAAACCUCUCUUGCUCUUUUUCUGUGUCGGAAUAAUGACCAUGAUAAAGAAGAGAGCAGCGGCACACACACCUCGUGUCUUAAGUAAGCCACAAAGGGGAAAUGAAAUCAACAUGGGAUAAAUAACCUUGCUUUCUCUUUAACAUUGAUUGUUAUUAUCCAGUGCCUCGAUACAUGUCUGUUUACGUGUCUGUGCCGUUCUUCUGUUCCAACGCGUUUUUCUAAGUCAUUUUAAUAAAUAGAUUGCGAUGUAAGAUUUGGCUAAAUUAUGUUUUCCAUCUUUUUUUUUAAUCCUUGAUAUGUGAACUGUACCUUUUUUUUCACAUCUUUUGUUUAAGUUCUUUCAGCCAUCCUGGUAGCUGUAUAGCAUUGCACGUGUGGGAUGCUGGAAUGAUAUUAAUUCCAGAAGAAUAAAAAGGCUCUUGCGCCUACUUGUCGUCUC